UUGCUGUUUACAUCCUGAACACGUUUGAUAGAAUUAUUAGCUACAAAGGAGGACGUUUGGGGGUCGGUGAUUAGAUCAUUCGAAAGAUUUCGAGCGUGCGAAAUGGACGGCGAUACGCGAAUGUUUAAGAGGAAAUUGCUGCUUUGGGUAACCAGCUGGUUACAAGAAGAUCAGCAAGAUGCCAAAGAUCAGGAAACAAUUGUAACUCCUGAUCUGGUGGAUAUCGCUCGGCUUCUACAAGCUACUGGAUUCAAAAUUAGUCACAUGGACCGAUCCAAUCCAACGGAAAUUAGUCAAAUAUCGGAACAUUCUCAAGACCACCCAACAUGUCGAGUUAUCCUGAUGUGUCCUAAUUCUGGAGUAAGGAUAGAUCUGAGCGCUCCGACUUCUACGUGCACAUGCUCGUCUUCUAGUUCUAUUUUCAAUCACAAUUGGACUGCCGGAGAAAAAAGUGAGGAGAUGAUGAACUUCAUAGCACCGAAAUCAUCUUACGAAAGUUCUGAAAAUGUUACUCAAGUAAUCAGAGCAGUACUGCAAAUCAAUAGCUCGCUUUCAGACAUGAAUCAAAAUGACACUGAAUGCCAUACCUGCAGUCCAAUUGAAGUUGUAAAAACGAAUUCGUCAAUGAAGACACCAGCUACUGGAAUAGCUGUUGUAACACCAAACGCACCCUGCAUACCAAAAUUGACGGAAGAAGACGCGAAUUGUUCAGUUAUACCAGGAAGAUAUAGGUCCUUGGAUACCUUGAUCGCGGGCAAAGGUUGUUCCGACGAUCUUCCAGAUCCUGGACCACUAACACCCAAGGAGGAUGAAAAUUUCAAUUCAGAUAUAGCGAUGGAUGUUGAAUACUGCGAUCUCAAUGCAACCAUAAUUUAUACCUCAGAUUCAGAAAAGAAACAGCAAAAGACGAUGAACGACGUCCGUCCAAUUCGUAGUUUAUUAGACUUCGCUAGUGUUAAAAAUUCAAUUCGCAAAGUUAACCCGGGGGUCAGUUUGAUUCCGCGGCCGAAUUUUUCACGACGAAGUAAUCCAAUGAUGCCCAUUACAUCGGGAACCCCAACAACUUCAAGACGGAGUAUGACUCCCUCAGGUGGAGUUCGUAGAAAAAGCGCGUCAACUACAGGUCUUCUGACUGCUGGUAGAGUUGGAAAAAUCUCAACAACUGAUACGAAUGGUCGAGCUAGUCGGUUGGUUUUCCCUGGCACUAGGAGUACCUCAGUAAAAAGGGGCCCUUCGUCCUCUUCGACGAUUUUAAAUUCAGCACCGAAGGAUAAAGAAGCGCGGCUGAUCACUCCACGUUCUAAGUUCACGAUCCGCAGACUCAGUAUUGAGAAAAAGUAGAUUUCUUGAGUCAUUUAUAAUGCUAGUUUAUUAUGGCAUGUUCUAAUUUUUAAUAUAAACUUAUAGAUUUUUAUCCAAAUUUGAAAUGGACUGGUUUAUAGUUGAGGAAUUUCAUUUUGUUCCUAAUUUCGUUCGAAAUAAAAUCGAUUACAUUAAAUGGAUAAUAAUACUCAAAGAA